AUGACAUCAAACAUUGCAGAGUCAUUGAAUGAUGUAACAAAAAAUGCAAGAGAGCUGCCGAUAGUAGAACUAUUAGAGUAUAUGAGGAAUCUUCUUGAACGUUGGACUAAUGAAAAGUUAUUGAAAGCAAAGAGUACAUUCACAUACCUUGGGUUUAAAUUCAACAAAGAGUUGGAUGACAACAGAACAUUGUCGUACAAGCUUAGAGUGAGGGCUUCAAAAGACUACAUCCAUACAGUAUUAGAUGGUGUGAUGCACUAUAUUGUUUGUCUUGAAAACAAGAGAUGUAGUUGUGGCCAAUUCCAGCUUGAAGAACUUCCUUGUCCACAUGUUUUGGCUGCUUUAAGAUAUAGGGAUGAGUCUUUUGAACAAUAUCGUUCUCCUUAUUACACAAGGGACAACCUCUUGCGUACUUAUGAAAUACAAGUAAAUCCCCUACCUGAUGAAAGCAAAUGGAAUGUGCCACAACAUAUAACUGAAGAAGUUGUAAAUCCACCUUCGGGUGGGAAAAGAUAG